AUGUGGAGGCCUUCUGUUUUCCUGUCCUCCCAUCCAGAGGCUGCCCUCCUCCGAGGAGGCUCCAGUCGCUGCCUCAGCUGUCGAUUCCAACUUCGCAAUGCCGUCGCCGCCGCUCGCCCAAGACCUGCUCUUCGAUACUAUGCCAGCAACAGCAACGGCAACGAUGCGAGCAAACCCUCAACCACCAAACCCCCAAGCCCCGAAAAGGUUCAAUUCAAACAGAACGCUCCCCCCUCCUCUCCUUCCGCCCCCGAACCCGGCGAUGAAGACUUCACGCCGCCGACCCUAGACCGACCCAUUGGGACCAUCAUCCCGCCGGAAGAGGGCCAGAACUCGGGUAUUGACUCGCGCAGCAUGCGACAGCGACGAGAUGAUUUCGUGAACUAUGACCGACAUCUUGAGCGACGGAAAGAACUAACCCGACAAGUCGCCAAACCCUACUUCCGCGAAUGGUCGAACAUGCGCCACCACGAGGGCAAGACAUUCCGAUCCAACACACGGCUCUUCAAGCGCGACAAGGCCCUCUACUUCCCCAACCUCAGCGGCAUCACGCUCGCCUCGCCCAAAGAACCCCAAGACACGAGCGCGCUCCUCCGCGGCAAAGUCAGCGUUGUGAACCUGUUCUCCAGCGUGUGGGCCGAAUCGCAAGUCGCGACCUUCACGGGCCCCGAGCAGAACCCGGGUCUCUACGAGGCGUUCCAGACGGCAAGUCCGCUCGUGCAGAAGGUCGAUAUCAACGUGGAGGAGAACGCGCUGAAGGCGUGGCUGGUCCGCAUGUUCAUGUUCCGGAUGCGCGCUAAGCUGGACGCCGCGCAACAUCCGCGGUGGUUUAUGGUGCGGAAGGGCCUGACGGAGGGGCUGAGGGAGUCGAUUGGCAUGAUGAAUAGUAAGGUGGGGUAUGUUUAUCUGCUGGACGAGAACUGCCGGAUUCGCUGGGCGGGCAGCGGUCCGGCCGAGCCGGAGGAACUGGAGGCGCUCAAUAAUGGCGUGCGCAAGCUGAUCCAGGAGAAGAAGAUCAGUAUGGAAUCGGAGCUGCCGGCUCAGGAGUGGGAGGCUAGGACGGGUCACGAUGACUCGGCUAGUCUGAAGCCCAGAGUGGUUAUGAAGCCGUGA